CCUCUCACCAAAUCUACUAAAAUAACUCCCCCCCCCACGAAUUGCCCUACUGGUUUGUCAUCAGCUGUCAAUAUUGUCUACAGUAGGUUCAACGAUCCUGAAUGAUUGUUAAAUUGUUAUAGAAAUUUUAUUUUUUUCAAUUGAAUUGAUAUGUUAAAUCGAAUGAACAGACAUCAUAUUUAAUUUAUUGUGAUAUAAUUAUCCAUGUGCGUAUAGAUCUGUAAUGGACUUUGGAGCUCUUUUAUCUGCUGCUAAAAAAAAUGAAAACAAUAAACAGUCUGUCUCCUAUUAUCCAACAAAAUUCACACCUCCUAAAAAAGAAAAUCGGCAAACUCAAAUACUAUCGAAUAACAUAAAACUAUUUCUUGCGAAAAAAGAAGAAGAAGAAAAACGUAAAGCAGUAGAAGAAGCAUUGAAGAAAAAGAAUCUUUUAGCUUUGCGAGAUCAUAAAGCCCAAAGUCGAAUUAACAAGCAUUUAAAAGUCUGUAAAGCAGCCAACAAAUCAGUUUUGGAUGAUGCAGUCGACAUGGAAAAUACAGCAAUUACUAUGGCAGGUCCAUCUCAACCCGACGAGGAUGAUUAUGGUUAUGUAUCACAGGAAGCAUCAGCUUUUUAUAAUAAAUUGAUGAAUAAAUACAGUACUCAACCAGAAGAGAAAUCUAUUUUUGCACCUGCGGGAAAGAAAACAGUAAAGGAUAUUGCAUCAACAAAGGACAGAGUAAAACAAGCCUUAAAACAACAGGAAAUUGAUGAAUCUCAAGGACAUAGAAGAAAAAGAAAAUCAACUACAAAAAAUUCUGAAGAAGACACAAAAAUUGUUACAUCGGAUGAAAAAAAAACUUCAGAUAACACUAACAAAAGUGAUAAGCCAAAACCUAAGAAUAGACCAUUACCUCCUGCAAUGGAUUUUGGACAACUUUUGAAACUUGCUGCACAAAAGCAACAUGAACCAAUAGUUAUUGAAGUAAAACCAAAACCAGAAGAACCUGAAAGAUUAAUGACAAAGAAACAAAUGAAAGAAUAUGCAAGAGAAAAAGAAAGUCGUGAUGCUAGAGAAGAAAGAAAUCGUACAUUGGAAAAUAAUGUUUCUAGUAAUAGAUUAACUGUCGAAAGCAAUAAACCGGAUAAACAUUCGGAUUCUAAAUCACAAGAAUCUCAAAAAACAAAAAAAAUAUCUGCUGAAAAAAUUGUUAUACCUAAGAAACCUGUAAUUUCUUCAUCUGAUAGAAAUGCCACAAAUUUGAAAAGUACUCAUCAAAAAAGUAAACAUAAAGAUGAUAUUUCAGAUGAACGCAGAAAAUUGGAAAUAGAACGUAAAAAAUUAGAAGAAAUGCGACGGAGUAUUGAAGAAGAGAAACGUAAAUUAAAUGUAAUUAAAAAAAAGAAUAAUGAAGAGAAAACAAAUACAAAUGUUUCAACAAAUAAAGUUCCCAAUAAAAUUGGAAAUUCAAGUGUUCGUGAUUUGGGAAGAAUAAAUAGUACAAAACAAAAUACAGAAAGGUCUUUAAAUUCUAAACCGUCGAAACCAUAUUCAGACAAGAAUUUGAAAAUGUCAAAGAACAGUAAAAUUGUAAUGAAAAAUAAGAAAUAUACUAAUGGUAGAGCAAUAUUUAAUGAUGAUGAUGAUGAAUACGAUUCCGAAUUAGAUGAUUUUAUUGAUAAUGGAGAGGAAGACACUGGAAAUGAGGAUUACAGUAAAUAUAUAAGUGAAAUUUUUGGUUAUGAUAAAAAUAAAUACAAAAAUUACUAUGAUGAAGAAGAUGAUGAUUUAGCAAUGGAAAGUAAUUUUGCUCAGCAGUUGAAAGAAGAAUAUGUUUCAACUAAAAUUGGUAUAAUGGAAGAUUUAGAAGAUAUACGAAUGGAAUCUAUGGAAAAGAAGCGAAAAGCACUUAUUAAGAAAAAAAGAAAAGUAUAAUAUAAAUUAAAUAGUUUUACACAAAUUUAUUAAAAAAAUACAUAUUUAAUUAUUUAACAUUGUGUAAUGCAUUAUGAAUUUAAAUGCAAAAUCUUGCUAAACAACAGAAAUGAAUUUUUCCAAAAAUAAUUAAAUACAAUUUACAAUAUAUAA